AUGUUGCUCAAGCCAGCUGUUCUCGUCUGCCUCCUCGCCGAGCUUGGUCUCGCGCGCCAGGUCAGGCGCCAGGACAACGUCGCCCCGUCGCCCAUCCUGUCCAGCAUCAACAUCCCGCCUCCUCUGUCGACGGGCACCGGUGCCGUCGCCCCCAUUUCGGGCGGCCCGACGGGCAUCUUCCUGAACACCUCGGUCCCCGCCACCGCACCCCAGCUGUCCACCGUGACCGAGGUCGCCACCAUCACUUCCACUCUGUCGAACAACGUCACCACCACCGAGGUCAUCACAACUGAGCGCACCGUCACCGCCUCUGCCGCCCCGGUUAUCCAGCAGCCCCAGGUCAUCAUCAUCUCCCAGGUCACCUUCUUCACCUUCAUCUCCGCUCUCGGCGGUGCGCCCCCCGCUGUCCAGCAGGGUGACCAGGGUGGCUUCGUCGUCGGCGGUCAGCAGUUUGGCCAGUUCCAAUCCGCUUGCAACGCCGCAUGUGGCAUGCAGUUCACCCAGUGCCAGAGCAUCGCCGGACAGAACUUCCAGAUUUCUCAGUGCCAGACCCAGCUCAUCGCCUGCCAGAACGCUGCAAAGACUGCCACCGUCACCGUCUCUGUACCCACGACCGUUACCCAGACUGUUCUCCUGCCCAACGGCCCCAUCUCUGGCGACGCUGGCGGUGUUCCUUCCGGCAUCGCCGAGGAGGGCGGCUCUGUCAUCACAACCACGACCCUGCCCCCUGACGCUGGCGCCACUGUCGGAACCGGAGGUGUCUCCUUCAUCACUGUCACGGCCACCCCUGGAGCUCCUCCUUCCCAGACUGCCGUCCCUGAGACCGAUGUCCUGACCACCACCCUUCCUGCCAACCCAGACCAGCCUGACGCGACACCUGUGGUAUCCGUCAUCACUGUCACUCGCCAGCCUGGCUCUGAGCCUUCGCAGCCCGUUGAGGGCGGCGCUUCUGGGCAGGGCGGGUCCGUCGUUACCUCUGCUGUUGUCUCGACCCUUCCUCCUCAAAGCGAGGGCGGCCAACCCAUCGUCAGCACCGUAUAUGUCACUGCCACCGUCUCGGGCGGCGUCCCCGCUGCUUCCGAGGUCGUCAGCUCCGCCGAUGCCGUCGCCAGCAGCUCUGCCGUUGUUACUACCUUGCCUGCCCAGUCCGAGGGAGGCGAGCCCAUCGUGAGCACGAUCUACGUCUCUGCCCCUCCCCCCGCUCCUACCAACGAGCCCGGUGCGUCUGAGCAGGCCGGUUCCGUCGUCACCUCUGCGGUUGUAUCGACCCUCCCUGCCGAGAGCGGCCUGCCUCCCGUUGUCUCCACGAUCUACGUCACUGCCACCGUCUCGGGCGGCGUUCCCAUUGCUUCCGAGGCCGUCAGCUCUGUCGAUGCCAUCGCCAGCAGUUCUGCUGUUGUAACCACUCUUCCUGCCCAGUCCGAAGGAGGUGAGCCCGUUGUCAGCACCGUUUUUGUCUCUGUUCCUCCCGCAGCCCCCACCGACGAGCCCGGCGCUUCUGAGCAAGGCUCCGUCGUGACCUCCGCCAUUGAGACCACCCUCCCGGCCCAGAGUGAGGGCGGCUCGGCCAUCGUCAGCACAGUCUACGUUACCGCCACCGUUCCCGCCAGCGGUCCCGCCGCCUCGGAGGUUGUCUCCCGCCCCGCCCAGCAACCCCCUAACCCCAACGAGCCCAAGACCUCCGUCAUUACCAUGACCCUGGCCCCUCCCUCCGGCACUCCCGUCUACUCUCUCGUCACCAUCACCAUCCAGCCCACAGCCGGUCCCUCUGGCACCGCUCCCGUCCAGACUGAGCUCUCCACCUCGGCAUUGACCUCCACAAUCCCGGCCGAGGGAACCACUCCUCCUCGCGUGACCACCGUCUACAUCACGGCCCAGCCCCCCGUACCCACCUCCGCUCCUCCUCCCCGCGUCAUCACCGUCACUGUCGGCUCCCUCACCGGCGUGGUGACCGUCUCCGACGCCCAGAGCACCGCCUCUGCCACGACCGUCGCCUCGGCCCUCCCCAGCGCCGUCACCGGCGGAGGCAACGGGGGUAACGGUGGCGACGGCGGGAACGGAGGUAAUGGUGGCAGUGACAACGGUGGCAACAACAGCGGCAACGGAGGCGGCGGGGGCAAUGGCGGCGGCGUCGGCCAGGAGGGAAGCGGAAGCUGCCCCUCCGCCGUCACCGUCACUGAGACAGUCUCCGCGUGCCCCACUGCGCCUGUCACUUCCGUCCUGACCCAGACCGUCUCGGUCGUCCCGACGGCCGCUGCCGCGGCCAAGCGCGCCGAGAAGCCCGCUGCCGCCGACGAGGUUAAGCGUGACGCCGUCCGUCACCCCCGCCGCCACGGCCACGCCUUUGGCCUCUGGUGA